AUGUUGUUCGAUUACGCUGCGCGGGAGAGGACGCGCCCCUCAUACUCCAAAUUGCUGGCGCAGCUGCUCGCGAGUCAGCGGCGGGUCAGCGCGACUCUCGUUGACCUCCUCCAAAGUCAGGUCCCAUAUGAUCUGCGUCAUGUCGUCUGGAUCCGCGCGGCUCUCGAGCUUGUCAAUGAAGGCCUCAGCGCUGCGCCCGAAGAGCGCGUCGUCGCUUUCGAGCGCAAUGGGUUUACCGACCUGCUGUUGCUCAAUCGGCCGGUAGAUGCCCCAGGCGCAAUGUCGCCCGCAAUUUCGAACCCGUCGGCCAACCUCAACGGCAACACCUUGUCGGGCCACUGCAUGAGCACCACGAGGAGGGUGCCGGGCAACGAACAGAGGCCGCACGCCCGGGGCGCCCUCGAUCGAGCAAUGCCGUUGGACCAGCAGCGCGUUAUCCGGUUCGCGCACCGCUUCCGCAGCUUACUUCAGAAUCUGCAUGUUCUGUGCCCUCGUUCGCCUGGUGCUUGGGCCCUCGCGCACGUAGCCGCGGAUCACGAACAGGAGGUCCAGCUCGAGCUGCGGGUCCGAGGCGAACGGGUGCUCGAGCUGCGCGGCCGCGGCUUCAAGCGCAUCCUUGCCGAUACCUUCGGGCACCAGGCUCGCCGCCGCAUCCCUGGCCCCAGAAGGCCGGUGCUGUUUGCCCAAAGCUACAUGCUUGUACGACUUGCGCCAUAA